GUGUUCAAGAAAAAAAAAACAAAAAAAAAGAAAGAUCAUUGCAUGUAUAAAUAUCUUUGCCGUGUCUACUAGCAAAAACCACACAGAAAAAAAUCAUGGAGUCUGCUAAAUCAAACAUGAAUGGCCACCAAAAUGUUAUCGUGAUGCGUCACGGUGAUCGACUUGACCAUUGCGAGCCACACUGGGUGUUAACCGCUGAGAGACCGUGGGAUCCUCCGCUCGUUCACGAUGGUAAGGUUCGAGCGUUUCAAACAGGUCAACGAAUCCGAUCUCAGAUUGAGUUUCCGAUUCAUCGAGUAUUUGUCUCUCCUUUCCUCCGCUGUAUCCAGACCGCUGCCGAAGUCAUCGCCGGUCUCUCAGCCAUUGACGACGCUAUGUCUUCUAAAGACGUGCCUUCUUCCAUCGGUAACUCUAAGCUCAAGGUAGCUAUCGAAUUUGGAUUGUGCGAGACACUGAACACAGUGGCUAUUAAGAGUGAGGUUGUUCCCAAAGAUGGGAAGUUUGAUUUCGAGUUUUCAGAUCUUGAAGCUAUGUUUCCUGUGGGAACAUUUGAUCAAAAUGUGGACAUGGCCUAUAAAGAGUUGCCACAAUGGGGAGAAUCAGUGCAAGACUUCAAAGAACGAUAUGUUCAUACAUUGAAGUUUCUUGCAGAGAAGUAUCCUUCAGAGAAUUUGUUACUAGUCACCCAUUGGGGAGGUGUAAGUUCUAUGCUUUACAAAUACUUCAAAGAUGCAACUAAGUACUUGGUAGAUUACUGUGGUUGUGUUGAACUGAGAAGGCAGGUUCCCUAUAAUGAUGCAUUUGGUGACUCUGAGGAAUUUGAGGUGGUUACUAGUCAUGGUGUAGCUUUCAAAGACAACAAGCUUCCAAUCCAUGGUCCUCUUAUAAUCAAAUCUCCUAUUUAGCUGGUUUUUUAUAUGAAAAUUCACUGAAAGAUCGAACAUGGUUCAAUCUGUUUUCCUUCUUUCCCACAAAAUCUCAAACACGCAUUUAUGGUUCGAUCUCUUUAUUUAUUUUUUUUUUUUUCAUUUCUUCAUUUCCCCCUUUUUCCGCUCAUGUAAUCUAUUUUUUUUUAAAAUUUUAAUCAAUAAGAGAUAUCAUCCUAAGAUAUAA